AUGGUCAGUUCAUCCUUUUCUUUUUUCUUCUCUUCAUCCUCAACUUAUCAUCGUUUGAUUACUAUUAUAUGUAUUUUACUUUUAAAUCCAUUACCAUUUAUUUACGGUGUGCCAACAGAAAAAAUUGAUAAUAAUGCUAAAUUACGACGUCAAAAACGACAUGUCAACUUCAAUAAUGAUGAUAUAUUGUUUAAUAAAGAGAAUUUUAUGCCUAAACAAGAAAUUAUUUUUGAAGGACUAUUAGGUUGCAAAUAUGAUUCAAACGUAUGCAAUCAAUAUGAAACUUGUUUAGAUGAUGCACUUUUUGGCCAAUGUUGGAAUGGUGAAAGAUCAGUGGAAAAUAGUCUUGAUGGGCUUACGAAAAAUAAAUUAUCGAUAUUGGAAAAUACAGUAGAAUUUUUAAAUCGUUAUCAUCUUGAUUGGAAAGAUUUUAUGACACAAUGUAUUCUAUCACAUAUAUUAUUUGCUCAACAAAAUCAUAAUAGUUUACAAUUAUUUUAUCAAGAUUGUUUAAAUAAAAAUGAAUUUUUAAAUAAUAUUGCAGAAAAACAAGAAGAUGUCGAUAUUAAUCAUCGUCAAAUUGAUGACGAUUAUAUGGUAGAUUCGCAGGAAUUAUAUCCAUGGCCAAUAAAAUCAAAAAGUUUAUUUUUUGAUCUUGAUAGAUCACCUGAUACAUUGUUACCAAUGAGUACGAAAGAACAAUCUGAAUUAUCAUCAUUUAUCGAAGCAACAUCCCAUCAAAAGAUUCCUAUUGAUAAUGACGAUUUUGUAUCUAUAGAAAGACCAACAAAAAUCAUUGCAAAAGAAUCGAGCAUGAAAGAACCAAAUAAAAUGUCUAUGCAAAUGAACGAAGGUUAUCCAAGUUUAGUCGAAACAUUACAAAUUAAUAAUAAUAAACAAAUAAUACCAAAAUUAAGUCAAGAAACAAUGAUGAACAAAAAUCUGGCAAAUAACAAUAUGUUAUUCAAGGGUACUGGUGUUCAUCGUUAUUUGACAGCUGAAACAACUAGCGGCUAUAUUGUAAUCAAUCGAGACUUUAAGGAUCAAAUAGAAGGAGCUCGAUUAUUGGCACUUAUUGCACAAAUGAAUUAUUGGCCAGCAACAAUAUUUACUGGAUUGAAUGCGUAUAAAAAUACAUUUACAUUUCAUGUUUUGAAUAAUGCUUAUCGAGUUAAUGCAAGCAAUGUUGUUAAUGCCAUUCGUAAGUUAUGUCAAAACUGUCAAAUUAAUGAGAAAUUUAUUUAUAAUAUAAAUUUAUGUUUAAAAUCGAAAACUUUAGCUACUGAAUAUAAUCAACAUAUUAUUGAAAAUCAAUUAGGUAUUCAUAUAAUCAAUUCCGGUAUUGGUAAUAUAAAUCAAAGUGCUCAAUUAUCAGUUGAACGACAAAAUGGUUCACGUUUACCAAUUCUUAUAUUGGCUACCUGUAUUUUGGCUAUUUUUAUUAUAUGUUCAUUUACAUUAUUCUAUUUUAUUAAACGAAACAGUCAUAUUCGAGAUAAAUUUGUUGAAAUAACUCGAAUUAAAGGUUUAUCAACAAAUGAUUAUCAAGAUUUAUGUCGACGACGAAUGCAAACACAAUCAAAAGAUCAGAAAUCAUCAGAAACUCAUCAAGUAGCAUCAAGCAAUAGUCGUAUCAAACAUAAUAGUGAACGUUCAUCAUCACAAAGUUCUACAUCAUCAUGGAGCGAAGAACCUGUAACUCCGAUAAAUAUGGAUAUUAUGACUGGACAUUUAAUUUUGUCUUAUAUGGAAGAUCAUCUACGUGAUCGACAUCGUCUAGAAGCUGAAUGGCAAUCACUAUGUACUGAUGAAGCAAAUGAAGAACAAGCAUCAUGCUCUGUUGCACUUUCUGAAACGAAUUAUAAAAAGAAUCGUUAUAUUGAUCGUAUACCAUAUGAUCAUACUCGUGUUCGACUUGAAAAUAAUGAUGCCGACGAUGAUGAUUAUAUAAAUGCAAGUACAAUUGUUGAUUCUGAUCCAAAAUGCAAAUAUAUAGCUACACAAGGUCCCAUACCAAAUACAACAAAUGCAUUUUGGCAAAUGGUUUGGGAACAAGGAUCAUGUGUUAUCGUAGCAUUGGCUAGACCAAUUGAAAAUGGUAUUACAAUGUGUCAUCAUUAUUGGCCAGUUGAAGGUUCUGCACGAUUCAAUGAUUAUGAAGUAAAUCUUGUUUCGGAACAUAUUUGGUCGGAUGAUUAUGUAGUUCGAAGUUUUUAUUUAAAAAAUCUUCAAACAAUGGAAACACGUACUGUAACACAAUUUCAUUAUUUAACAUGGGAUGAAUUGUGCAAUCCACCAUCAGCUAAAUCUUUACUUGAUUUUCGACGUAAAGUAAACAGAUGUUUUCGUGGUCAAUCAUCGCCAAUUAUUGUUCAUUGCAAUGAUGGUGUUGGACGUACUGGUACAUAUAUCUUACUUGAUAUAGUCUUGAAUCGUAUUUAUAAAGGAGCACGAGAAAUAAAUAUAGCUGCUACACUUGAACAUAUUCGUGAUCAACGACCUCAAAUGGUUAAAACAAAAGAUCAACUUCAAUUUGUAUUUGUUGCUGUGGCUGAAGAAGUAACUUAUUUAAUAAAAGCAAUACCACACUAA